AUGUCGAGCACCGACACUUCCCCAACCCAGCUCGCCCUGCUCCUGCCCGCCGUCGGCGCGCCCUUCGAGCUCGGGCGAAUCCCCGCUCCCACUCCUUCGAGUCUCGGCCCCGGCGAAGCCCUUAUCAAAAACUUUGCAGCAGGCCUCAACCCCGCCGACCACAAGUCGCAGUCCAAGGGUUUCAUCGCCGUGCGCGAGUGGCCCGCCGUGAUUGGAUAUGAAGGCGCGGGCACCGUCGAGGCCGUUGGCGAGGGCGUCACGCGCGUGAAGGUCGGGGAUAGGGUCGCGUACAUGGGCGUGAUGGAGAAUAAGGGGAGGACGUUUCAGCAGUGGAUCGUUAGCGAAGCGGAGUGGUUGUUUCAGAUCCCAGAUAACAUGGACUUCGAGACGGCAGCGUCCGUCCCUGCCGCGCUUACAGCAGCCCUUUUAGGCGUAUAUCAACCCUCGCCUCACGGAUUGGGCGUCUCUGCCCCAUGGCGUUCCGACUUUGACUCCGAGAUCAAUGCUGGGAAGCCAUUUGUCGUACUCGGCGGUGCAUCUCAGAUAGGCCAGUGGGCGAUCCAAUUCGCGCACAACGCCAGCUUCAGUCCCAUCAUCACCACCGCAUCGCUGCACAACUCUGGUGUACUGAGGGGCAUCGGGGCGACGCACGUGCUCGACCGCUCGCUCUCCGCCGAACGCGUCGUCGAAGCAGUUGAAACUAUCACCGGCAAGAAAGAAGGCGUGACAUACGUAUUCGACGCUGUAGCGUUCCCGGAGACGCAGCGAGCUGGGUUGACGCUGCUCGCAAAGGGCGGCAAGAUGGUCGUUACCACCUCCCCGGUGGUCCAACCAGAAGAAGGGAGCGGGAAGGAGGUGAUCUUCGUGCGUGGCGCGUUCCAGUUUAACCCAAUCCACGAGGAGUUUGGGAGGGAGUUCUUGAGCUUUUGGCCUGGGCUCGUUGAGCGUGGCGAGCUUAAGCCGAACCCGGUGGAAGUGCUCCCUGGCGGGUUGAACGCUAUAGCGGAUGGGCUAGAGCGUCUCAAGACUAUUAGCGGGAAGAAGCUCGUCGUCAAGCCUUGGGAGACGGAGGCGACCAUUUGA